AUGGGGAAGAUCACCUUCUACGAGGACCGCGGCUUCCAGGGCCGCUGCUACGAGUGCAGCAGCGACUGCCCCAACCUGCAGCCCUACUUCAGCCGCUGCAACUCCAUCCGCGUGGACAGUGGCUGCUGGAUGCUCUAUGAGCGCCCCAACUACCAGGGCCACCAGUACUUCCUGCGGCGCGGGGACUACCCCGACUACCAGCAGUGGCUGGGCCUCAGCGACUCCAUCCGCUCCUGCUGUCUCAUCCCCCAGCAGGCAAGCUCCCACAGGCUGCGGCUGUAUGAGAGAGAGGACCACAAAGGCCUCAUGACGGAGCUGAGCGAGGACUGCUCCUGCAUCCAGGACCGCUUCCGCCUGAGUGAGGUCCGCUCCCUCCACGUGCUGGAGGGCUGCUGGGUCCUCUACGAGCUGCCCAACUACCAGGGGCGGCAGUACCUGCUGAGGCCCCAAGAGUACAGGCGCUACCACGACUGGGGGGCCAUGGAUGCUAAGACAGGCUCUUUGCGGAGGGCGGUGGAUUUAUACUGA